AUGGCGGAAGAUCGAGGUCCUGAAAUUGCUGUUAUUAUUUGUGUCUUUAUGGGACUUUCGUGGCUAUUCGUUUCUCUUAGGAUUAUUGUCCGUUUGUUCAUCACGAAAUCUUGGAGUUUUGAUGAUUCUUUGCUUACGGUGUCACUCUUUCUAUACACUCUCUAUGGCACAGCAGGCUUACAAUCUGUAAGGUUCGGGAAUGGACAACAUACCGAUCAGAUUUCACGUGAAGAUCUCCCCAUAGCUCUCCAGGUAUGGUGGUUUGACGAAAGCCUUUAUGCCCUCACAACCCUUUUUGUCCGCCUCUCGAUCUCUGUAUUUCUUCUCAGAUUAUCCACUCGCUCACUGCAUAAGAGCAUCAUCUACGCAACCCAAGCCUCUGUCAUUAUUUUUACCAUAAUUUUCAUUGUUCUCGUUUUUUGUCAAUGCACCCCAUUUGACUAUUUCUGGAAGCAAUAUGAAGGUGCAACAGGCUCCUGCAUAGAUAGCAGCAUAGUUCCAGCAGCCAGCGUAGCACAUUCCGUUAUAGGAUUUACUGUGGACUGGACGCUUGGUCUCUUGCCUAUCUGGGUUAUGUGGGAUUCGAAGAUGAGUAUGAAGGCCAAACUCUCUAUCUCCGGUGUUCUUUCUCUUGGUUUACUAGCUGGAAUCGCAACAAUAAUACGUAUACCCUUUCUCAAAGACGUGCCGAUCACGAAUGAUUUUCUGUACGCAACCACAGAUAUAGCUAUCUGGUCCACAAUUGAGCCCGGACUCGGAAUAAUUGCAUUCAGUGGUGCGACUCUCCGCCCUCUUCUCCGUCUCUUCUUCCCCAAAGCUUUCUCUUCACUUUGUCCCAAUGCAUCUCUCGGUCAAAUCCAACCAUACAGAACUGCCUAUACAGAAAGACCAAAUUAUAUAUAUAAUAUGAAUCUCAUGGCCAAUAAACGAGCUUCUACAUAUCGAGAUUCAAAUUCUACAUAUACGGCUUUUGAUGAAGAUUCGAGGGUUUCGAGUUUUACGUCGUUUACUUGCAGCACUCUUUUGGAUAGUGCAAGAAGUUCUAGAAGCACACUUGGCAUGGGUCGAGGGAGAAUGGGGAGCGUCGGCGUGAUGGGAGGAUUGAAGAUGUCGGGGUUUGGCAUCAUGGAGGUGGAUGAGGAAUUUUUUUGUGAGGGGGAAUCGGGAGAUAAGAAGAGAGAGAAGAAAGCGGGGGUACAUGUUACGGUUGAAGAGCUUCCGGAUGAAAACAUGGAGGGUACAGAGGUGGAGAUGAGAAGCAAAACAAAGUCGAUGACGGAAAUAGAGGAGAUGAAGUGGCCUCUCGGUAGUGGGAGUGUGUGUUUGAGUAUGAGGAAUUUGACGAACGAUGUAUAUGAAAAUAGGGAGUGGCCGUUGAGGCCGAGGAGUGAUAGUGUGAGGACUUUGGUCAAUUCAAGGUGUUCUUCUAUGGGGCCCAUUGGGAAUGUAAGAGACAUGGUUUAG